UGGCGAUCCACUACCACUAGACACAGAAGCCCGUUAAGCGAAAGUUUUUCAUAUUCUACCAAGGACCAUUUUGAACCAUUUGACUAUUAUCUUUGUAAGCAAUUUUAAAGCGCUAAAAAUUAAAUAAGAAGGUCAUCAGCUAUAAGCGUAUUUAGCUAUGAGAAAUGAUUUUUUGGAUAAUACCAAUUUUGUGGGUGACUGCGUAUGUGUAUUUUUAUAUCAAAGCCAAGUGUGAUGAUCCAGCAAUGACUAGGGUUAUGAUUGUCUUAGGAUCUGGUGGACACACUGCUGAAAUGCUCUCAUAUACUUCUGUAUUGACUUGUAAAUUUCAACCACGUUUGUAUGUUAUCGCGACGACUGAUUCUAUGAGUGAACAAAAGGUUUUGGAUUUAGGGGACAAGUGUGAUGUUAAAUUCAACAUAAAGCGCAUACCAAGGGCUCGAGAAGUAAAACAGUCAUACGCUAGCAGCAUCUUCACUACCUUAAUGUCUUGUCUAUCUGCGUUCCCCAUCGUCACCAUUUUUAGGGCGAAAUUGAUUUUGUGUAAUGGUCCUGGGACAUGUAUCCCCAUAUGCUUCGUGGCUAUUUUACUCCACGUACUAAAAAUCCAUUCAACUCUUAUAAUUUUUGUUGAAAGUAUUUGUCGUACCAAAACUUUAUCAUUAUCUGGGAAAAUUUUAUACUAUACUCGUUUAGUAGAUGUAAUUGUUCAGUGGCCAGAAUUGAAGACAAAAUAUCCAAGAUCAAUUUACUUAGGACUUUUAUCGUAAACUACUGCAUCCAAAUAUCCUUGUUAUAUGACUUGCAUCCAGAGCACUUUUCUUUUCAUAUUUAUAAUAUGUGUUUUUUGUUCUAUGCGAUCAUCGUUUGAGAUUCGAAAUACAUUUGGUUAAAAUAAUUAUCACUGUUAGAUCAAAAACGGGGAAUGAUUGUACACCUAUAAACGAACUAUUUUAUUUCAGAAACGAUAAUUAAAGUUUUCUAUACAUCUCGCUAUUAGUUCGCUGAAAACAAAGUCCAUUGUUUCAAGUAUAGGAACGUUAGUAAAUGGAUAAAAAUGCUUGUUUAAACAAGAUGAUGACCCUUUUAAACUGGUAUUAAGGAAUCAUUUGACCGACAAUAAUUUGGAAACACCUAAUAGACCCACUAAAAAUUUAAACAACAGGGUUUUAUUUCGAAACAAUUUUCUAAAAUGUUGAAGCAUAUAGAGAGAAUAACACCAAGAUUGUACAGUCUGGCUGAAAUACAUGAAAAUAUUUCUUGGCUCCUUAACCUGUUUUAGAUAUGAGUAAUUUCGCCUAUCAUGCUACAGUUAAGUGAUUAAUAUGAGUCUAAAAAAUGUUGUGAUA